GACGCUCGGACCGGGCUGCGUGGCCAUUGUUGGUGCACUUUUUCUGCCUGGAACAAAGCGUUAAAUCUAGAUAGAAUCUGCUCAGAAAGAUAUUUCCACUCGCUCAAUCGCUCCCUUUCUUUCUUUCUCUCUCUCUCUCUCUCUGGUUUCAUUCAUCCGAUCAUUAGAUGGAAGCUGGAUUUAUAUAUGGUUUUGUUCUUUCUGUGAAUCUGAACGAGACCAUCGCUCGCUUUUUUGCCCAAUUUUUGCAGUGAAUUUGAGCGUUUGACCGUGUGGGCAGCGUCUGAAUAAGGGGAAGGGAGAGCCCUAGCCCUUGAACUCCGAUUGGUGUCGGUUAGAUCGUAGAAGGCUUGGUUGGUGGCGGUGUUUCUGGUUCCUGGAUGGGAGAAGAUGAGGAAAUGGUCGAUUUUGAUGCCGCGCAGGAGAGGGUGGUGGACUGGGAGCAGGGUUUGCCGACCUUAGAGGAUUUGACGCCCCUCUCGCAGACGCUGAUCCCGCCGGAGCUCGCUUCGGCGUUCAGCAUCACGCUGGAUCCUUGUCGGACCAUGCUGGAUGUGAACCGUGCUUCCCAAAACACUAUCACGAGGCUCCGGCGCCGUGCCGACCCGCUCUCUGAAAAUCUGAAAUCUCUUCCUUCGUUUUCGAUGCGUAAUGGCUCGUUCGAUCCCGAGGGUGAGGAUGGUGGUAGUGGUGGUGAUCCAUGUUCCCCCCAGGAGGAUGAUGAUGAAGCCACCAAAGGCCGCAGCUAUUCAGACAGAGAGGCGGACAUGGCGUUUAGAGCCGAGAAUUCGAACGACGAUCCGUCGGCCAGGGCGCUGAAGAGGCCGCGGUUGGUCUGGACUCCUCAGCUGCACAAGAGAUUUGUUGAUGUUGUUGCUCAUUUGGGCAUCAAGAAUGCGGUGCCAAAGACAAUUAUGCAAUUGAUGAACGUCGAGGGCUUGACAAGGGAGAAUGUGGCCAGCCAUCUUCAGAAGUAUCGGUUGUAUCUCAAAAGGAUGCAGGGCUUCCCCAAUGAAGGGCCUUCUUCUUCAGAUCAGCUCUUUGCGUCGACUCCUGUGUCCAAUAAUGUUGCAGGACCAUCUUUCUUGGCCGGUCACCGUGAAGAAUCAUCAGGCGCUAUGCCCAUUCCGGUGCCUUAUGGUGCACCUUUCGUCUCAAUGCCUGUUAUAGGGAUGCCGCAUGGCCAUGGCACUGUGGCAAUGCCUGUAAAUCCCCCUCCACAGAAUGGGUUUGCGGCUCACCCAUAUAACGCCUACGGUAGAAAUCUUGUCCCGCAGAGAAUGUCAUCUGGGGAGCAGCACAGAGAUUGGUCAUAUAACAAGUUUGAGACUGUUAUGCGGUAUUCUCAUGUUACACCUAACAAUAAAUGAAGAGAUCGUUGGCCGUUUGCCGUGCGUCCAGAUCCUCUAUAAAUUUCUUAGUGCUGAUUCUUGGUGUAACCUUUCACUGAUAAAAAGCAUAGCAUCAGAAAUUCCUAUGUCGAAUCUGUACCUGAAAUUGAAAGAGCAAAUUUUCAGUAUUGAUCCCUUGUAACGUUUUUUAUUGCAUUAAAUGAAAUCGAUGUCAAGUGCCUUAUGUAUUCCAAUACCUGUGUAUUAUGGUCCGUUACAGGCCUCAUCUCCAUAAUUUCCAAGUAUUAGCAGAAAUUUUUGGAUCUUGACCUUUUCAAGAUUGUUUUCAUCUAUGCA